AUGCCCUCAUGCCCUCAUGCCCUCAUCCUUUCAUGCCCUCAUGCCCUCAUGCCCUCAUGCCCUCAUGCCCUCACGCCAUCAUGCCCUCAUGCCCUCAUGCCCUCAUCCCCUCAUGCCCUCAUGCCCUCAUGCCCUCACGCCCUCAUGCCCUUAUGCCCUCAUGCCCUCAUGCCCUCAUGCCCUCACGCCCUCAUGCCCUCAUGCCCUCACGCCCUGAUGCCCUCAUGCCCUCAUAACCUCACGCCCUCACGCCAUCAUGCCCUCAUGCCCUCAUCCUUUCAUGCCCUCAUGCCCUCAUGCCCUUAUGCCCUCAUGCCCUCACGCCAUCAUGCCCUCAUGCCCUCAUGCCCUCAUCCCCUCAUGCCCUCAUGCCUUCAUGCCCUCAUGCCCUCACGCCCUCACGCCCUCAUGCCCUCAUGCCCUCAUGCCCUCAUGCCCUCACGCCCUCAUGCCCUCAUGCCCUCAUGCCCUCACGCCCUCAUGCCCUCAUGCCCUCACGCCCUCAUGCCCUCACGCCCUCAUGCCCUCAUGCCCUCAUGCCCUCAUGCACUCAUGCCCUCAUGCCCUCAUGCCCUCAUGCCCUCAUGCCCUCAUGCACUCAUGCCCUCACGCCAUCAUGCCCUCAUGCCCUCAUGCAAUCACGCCAUCAUGCCCUCAUGCCCUCAUGCCCUCAUGCCCUCAUGCCCUCAUGCCCUCAUGCACUCAUGCCCUCAUGAGCUCAUGCCCUCAUGCACUCAUGCCCUCACGCCAUCAUGCCCUCAUGCCCUCAUGCCCUCAUGCCCUUAUGCCCUCAUGCCCUCAUGCCCUCACGCCCUCACGCCCUCAUGCCCUCAUGCCCUCAUGCCCUCACGCCCUCAUGCCCUCAUGCCCUCACGCCCUCACGCCCUCAUGCCCUCACGCCCUCAUGCCCUCAUGCCCUCAUGCUUUCCUGCCCUCAUGUACUCAUGCACUCAUGCACUCAUUCCUUCAUGCCCUCACGCCCUCAUGCCCUCAUGCCCUCACGCCCUCAUGCCCUCAUGCCCUCAUGCCCUCAUGCCCUCAUGCCCUCAUGCACUCAUGCCCUCAUGCCCUCAUGCCCUCAUGCCCUCAUGCCCUCAUGCACUCAUGCCCUCACGCCAUCAUGCCCUCAUGCCCUCAUGCAAUCACGCCAUCAUGCCCUCAUGCCCUCAUGCCCUCAUGCCCUCACGCCCUCAUGCCCUCAUGCCCUCAUGCCCUCAUGCCCUCAUGCCCUCAUGCCCUCAUGCCCCCAUGCCCUCAUGA